AAAGCGUCUUGUUUUGUAGAAUGAAGUGCGUUCUUCAAAAUCGACCACCAGCUCAAUUCGAAAUAACUGACGCUGUUUAUGCUAUAAAGUACGAAGAGCCCCAAAAACACUGUCGUUUGGUUUUAGGGCUUUUAGUAUUUCGAUCGUAACCGAAAAGUCGUCAAUUAUUUCGAAUUGAGCUAGUGUGGAUUUUGAAGAACGCACUUCAUUCUACAAAACAAGACGCUUUCCAGGAUUCUACGAUAUUCCUUCCAAAUAUUAUAGGAUAGACGAAAAGAGAGAAAAGGGUAACGCACAGACACUCCGGUACCAGAGUUAGGCGUUUUUCAUGUAUAGUACAUAAUGUGAGAAACAAGAUAUAUUCUCACGUCGUGUGUAUUAUGAUUUAAAAGUUUAAAAAAGUCUUUUAUUUUAGACAUGACCAAUAAUAGAAUAAUUACAACAUUGUUUACAUGGUUAUGUCUUAGUCUCUUAUGUACAUCCAUACGAUUUGGAUCAGACUCAGAAUAUAGUUCAUCUCAUUCGAUAGAUACGGUUGAUAAUCAAUUAGUAGCCGAUAUUCAUUCACAUCCAUUAUGGAUACAAAAAGAAUUAAACGAUGAUGAUAGUGAUGAAGAUAAUUCGAACGAAUUAAUGUUUAUUCUGAAACGCGCCUCACAUCAACGUUUUCAUGCCAUGAGAGGAAAGUGA